AUGGCCCACCCCGCUGACCAGGGAGGAGGCUCAGGUGGACGAAAGCGCUGGCCUCGGGAGCGGGACGGCAUGCGCGCCAUCCUGGGGUCCUACGACAGUGAGCUGACCCCGGCCGAGUACUCGCCCCAGCUGACCCGCCGCAUGCGCGAGGCCGAGGACAUGGUGCAGAAGGUGCACGCGCACAGCUCGGAGAUGGAGGCUCAGCUGUCACAGGCCCUGGAGGAGCUGGGAGGCCAGAAACAAAGAGCCGACAUGCUGGAGAUGGAGCUGAAGAUGCUGAAGUCCCAGGCAGGCCCGGCCGAGCAGAGCUUCCUGUUUUCCAGGGAGGAGGUGAGCUCGCUCAGGUUGAAGGUUGAGGAGCUGGAGGGGGAGCGGAGCCGUCUGGAGGAAGAGAAGAGGGCGCUGGAGACACAGCUGGAGCGGCUCACCCUGCAGGGGGACUACGACCAGAGCAGAGCCAAGGUGCUGCACCUGAGCCUGAACCCAGCCGGCGUGGCGAGGCAGCGGCUCCACGAGGACCGGCAGCGGCUGCAUGAGGAGUGCGCGCGGCUGCGGGAGCUGGUCCACGCCCUGGAGGCCGGCGGCGCCGUCCCCCCCGACCUGGAGGCCGCCGCAGGGCUGCCCUCGUCCAGGGAGGUGGCAGAGCUGGAGAAGCAGGUGGAGAGCGCGCAGCUGAAGAACCAACGGCUGAAGGAGGUUUUCCAGGCCAAGAUCCAGGAGUUCCGGAAGGUGUGCUACACACUGACGGGCUACCAGGUGGACAUCACCACAGAGAACCAGUACCGGCUGACCUCCAUGUACGCCGAGCGCAAGACCGACUGCCUCAUCUUCAAGGCCGCGGGACCCUCGGGCACGAAGAUGCAACUGCUGGAGACGGAGUUCUCUCGGACGGUGCAGGAGCUCAUCGAGCUGCACCUGCUGCGGCAGGACAGCAUCCCCGCCUUCCUCAGUGCCCUCACCCUUGACCUCUUCAGCCGCCAGACCGUGGCCUAG